GAUAUCAUUACGCCUCUUGGCGAGCGAGCGUACACGGCUCGCGUUGGUCGCAAUCGGCCGGCGUAAUCUGGAGGGAGUGAGGGAGGAUGGGGCGGCUGCGGUGGGCGGAGGAGGGAUGCGGGCGGUGGGAGCUGGACAUGGAGGCGCCGGUGACCAUGGAGGGCACCGCCCGCGCGGUACCCGGCGACCCCCUCCCUCUCGGUCUCUCCCGCGGCCGGCGCAUCACCCGCCCCAAGCAGCUUGACUUCAUGCACCGGUUUAUGUCCUCCCCGCUCGUCCCCUCCUUCGCCGGCGAUCCCGCCAACGGCGGGCAGGGCCUCCUCCUCCACCACGCCCACACCCUUCAUCUCACCGAAAAUUGGUCUACUACCAUCAUGGAUCAGUUAGAUGUGCAGAAAAUUUCACUCCUCUUUAAAGAAUUUGCAUCAAAUCAUGGCAAGGAGAUCUCAUGGCCAAAGAUCAUCUUCAAGCAUUUACUUGACAUAUUCUCAUGGGGCCUUGGUACUGAAUUCCUGUUCACACAGAAUUCUUCUUUUCUUGUUGAAAUGUACAAUGUCAAGAAAGGAAAUCGAGGGAAAGCAAUUUUUCAGCAAAAGCUUCCACAUCACAACCUAACACUUGAGACAGCUUGGCCUGGACUUUUUGUUGAUAAUAAUGGAACAUACUGGGAUGUACCAUUAUCAUUAGCAGUUGACCUUGCUUCCAUUUCCUCAAGUUCUGGUUUGAGCUAUCAUUUAUGUUUACAGCAUAAUAGUGGGAAACCAAAACACUUUGGUGGUGAUCAAACUACUCAAGUACCUCCUUCUCUGUUGCCUGGUUUAUGUGCAAGAGCUGCUGCUUCAAUCAAAGAGAAUUGGAGCAUUUGGAGAAAAAAAGAAGGCAAGUUAAGGAUGGUUCAGCCUUAUGAUGUGUUCCUUUCAGAUCCCCAUAUAACUGCAUCAGGGGUUCUUGGGGCAGUGGCCAGUGCAUCAUUGGGAGAUUGCUCGGCACGGCUCCCUAUUGAAGAUGGGUUGGAGAGAUGCAAGGCCUUAAGGCUGUACGCCCGAAAAAACAAUUUGGCAGUCUUCGCAGAUCUCUUUGCAUCUGUAUCUUAUACGGCCCAGCAUGGAAAUUUUCAAAGGCUUUUUCUUGAUCUCACGAGGUUCAAUGCCCGACUAGAUUUCCCCUCAGGUUCUGCAUUUCUAACCGGGGUUGCACAUUUAUCACAAGAUUUAUAUAAUUCGCGACAACUGAAUUUAGAGGCAAUCCGUGCUGUUUGUCCAGAGCUGACAGUAUCUCUGCAACAACAGAUAACAGAUACAGUGAGGUGAAGCAUUUAUCUAUUGGAGGCUUUAGAAUGUAUAUACAUAAAAUAACAAAUUGAUUUCUACCUUAUUAUGCUUGGUUGGGAAAGUGGGUGGGCAAGGUGUCCAGUCCUUAUGACUAAUAAGAAAAUGCUGAUGAUCAGAGAUGAUUUGAAGUCGGCAUUGCUGAGAACUGAAGGAAAGAUGAGUAGUAUAACUGAAUACAGCUUAGGAGAUGUUGCAAAGUGAGAAGUGUAUUCUUAUAGUUGAAUACUGCAAAUAAUAUGGGACUCUGAAUUAGCAAAGCAAAGGCAUUCAUUUGUGGAAAUCAGUUGUGAAUCUUGUUUGACUUUUCUGCAUUCCUUGUGUUCUAGCUCUCUCAUUUCAGACUAAGGUUUCAAAUAGCAGCCAAACUAAUACAUACUGAUCAGUAUGUAUUGAGCCAACUGAAUAGCAUUUCCGGACUAUAUGGGAUCUGUUGAUACUCUUUUUUUCUUUCUUAUUAAUGCCAGAUGGUACCUGUUAUUAUACUAGUAUUUUGCUGGUUCAACAAGAUAUUGAAACCAGUAAUGGACAAGGAUUUUAAGCCUUGAUUCACACUAUAAUAUCUUUCUUUCUUCUAAUGCCAUUAUUAAUUAAAUUUUCAGGAAAAGACUUUGUCUUUUUCUAAUCCAGCAUCCAUUCCCACAUUCUGGUUGGUGUAUGAUACAUUGGCCUAGCAGAUUGGCAGAAUAUAAACUCUAGUGCUCUUUUUAAGGCAUGGUCAACUAUCACUCGGAGAUGACAAAACUUUGGAUUUCUUGGAACAGUUGGCUAUCUUAAACAUUUUCGAAA